UUAUAUUAGAUCAAUAACAAAAUUAUCACAAUUUGUUUUGAGUUUAAAAAUGUAACUUUCCAGUGCUUUCCAGACAAGUCAACGUAACUUUCGAUCAAGCCAUGCUGGCAACGCUGUGACUGAUGACGAUGUACACAACACAACACUGUAGGUAACAUGUGCUUCUGUUAUUAACAGUGCGUCCUCCCGUCACAUUUUUGACAUUAUAAAAUGAGUGAACCAGUGAAUAAAAAGUCUAAAACUUACCAUAAUAAUAAAUGGAAACAUCACCAGACGAAAAAACAUUCUUUAGAAAAUGGUUUAAAAGGUUUUUUGUGUACUUCCAAUUUUUCUGAAAAAGGUUGCGUACGAGAAGCGUAUAAUUUGUUAAACACUUAUGCCGAUCAAUUGUAUCCACAAGAAUUAAAUGCAGAAAUUGAUAAAAAGACACCUGCGAAGGAUAUUACAGAUGAAUUAAAUGAAGAAAUUCAAAAUGUUAAUACUGAAGCUAAAAGUAUUAAUCGAAGAUUUCAGGCAACAGACACUGGUGCUAAGAACUGUGUAUUCAUCAAAACAACAUUGAAUGAUCCAACCGAAUUAGCGACAACUAUAGCAAAUGAAAUAUUCGAAACAAAAGAGCAAAAAACCAAAGAUUUACUUCGUUUAGUGCCAAUACAAUUUGUUUGUAAAGCUACAAUAGCAAGUGUUACUGCAAAUAUUGUACCCUUACUAGAAAAAUAUUUCAAAGCUGAGAAAAAAACUUUUGGUAUAGUAUUCAAUAGACGUUUUAAUAAUUCAGUUGAUAAAGAUGGUCUUAUUGCUGAAAUAGCAAAAAUGGUUGUAGCCAUUAAUGCAGAACAUAAAGUGGAUUUAAAAAAUCCAAAUAUUGUUAUUCUUUUAGAAGUGAUUAAAUCGUGGUGUCUUAUUUCUAUUUUACCGGACUAUUAUAAACUAAAGAAAUAUAAUUUACUUGAAUUAAGCAUUAAAAAAGAUGACAAUAUUCCACAAACCGAAUAAACAUUGUGCAUAUUUAUGUUGCAAAACCUGAUUAAAUGCAUUAAUGACAUAUUUUUAAGCCGCAUUUCCUACCAGUGCUGAUGUUUUUAAAAUAAUUCCACAUUGGAUUUAGAAUGUCGUCACUUAGCUAACAUUGCCAUCCAAACUAAACGUGUAGGCAAAAUUUUAGAUCAAUCGGUUGAGGACAACUGCUUAAAAAUUCAGUUAUAAGAUUUGACGCGAAAAAUACAUAUAAACAUACAUACAUAACAAACAUUGCAAGUUAAAUAAU